AGGGCUCACUCUUCUAUAGAGUAGAAGAGAAAAAUUUUAAAAAUACAAUAGUAAUAGUAAUUUAGAAGAAAAAAAUUAUUUCAGAAAAUACUUUCCUCCGUGCCAAACGGUCCUAAUGCCCCCAAACCCCAGCCCCACCGCAUCCCCAAGAUAAUUUUACCUCUAAGCCAAAAGACCCCGAUAUCAAUGACAAUUGAAUUUAGUUUUAAUUACGAUAGCAAGAAAUAGACAGCAAUCUUCUACGGUAGUCAUUCGGACUCCAUUAAAACCCCCGAUUUCUUAAACUCCUUUUUGGCAGGAUGUCUCGAGAGAGAGCCAAACGUGCGGCACUGCCGCCAGCUCAGGAGAAUAUUGAGAAGUUAGAAAAGGUUGUAAAACAGGGAAAUUACUAUGGAGCUCAACAGAUGUUCAAGUCUAUUAGCGCCAGAUACGUGUCUUCUGAGAGGUACUCUGAAGCCUUGGAUAUUCUUAAAUGUGGUGCUUGCUUACAAUUGGAGAAUGGACAGGUUACCUGUGGGUCAGAGCUUGCUUUGUUGUUUGUUGAAACUCUUGUAAAAGGAAAAGUUUCUUAUUAUGAAGAAACUCUUGACCAUGUCAGGAAAAUCUAUGAGAAAUUUCCUCGACCUUCUGUGCCACAAAAUUUGGACCUCACAGAUGACGAUGAUAUGCAAAAGCUUUCAGAAGCCAUUGCAGCAGCCAAAACCCGAGUAGAAUGCUGUUCUUCUUUUUUAAAAGCUUCCAUCAAGUGGUCAGCAGAAUUUGGUGCACAUAGGUAUGGAUCUCCAGAGCUGCAUGAAAUGCUGGCAGAUUAUAUGUAUUCUCAAUCUCCCGAAGUGGACAUGGUUAAAGUAUCUUUUCAUUUUGUUCGAGGAAGGAAUCUCAAGAAAUUUGCGUCGACUAUCAUAAAUUUCAUGGGCAAGUGCUAUCCAGGAGAGGAUGAUUUGGCUAUUGCCCGGGCAAUUUUGAUGUACUUGUCUCUAGGAAACCUAAGGGAUGCUAACAAGCUCAUGGAUGAGGUGGAAAAGGAAAUGCAGUCGAAGAAUCUUGACUUUCCUCUGUCAGAAUUAAUGCAGUUUGUCAACUACCUUUUGCUGACGUUGCAGAGAGAUGCUUUACCUCUCUUCAAUAUGUUGAGACAGAGCUACAAGUCUAGUAUGGAAAGAGAUCCUCUAUUUAAUGAGUUGCUAGAUGAAGUUGCAAAGAAGUUCUAUGGUGUACAGCGUAAAAAUCCUCUUCAAGGCAUGUUUGGAGAUAUCUUCAAGAUGAUGGGAGACGAAUAGGAUGGGAAAGAAAUUCUUUGAACAUGAUGUGUCCUGAUAAGAGUAAUUGGUUCAUAUCAACACCAAUCUAAGUAGUCCAUGAAAGAUCCCGUGCUGUUAAAUGGAUGUGCUUGCCAAAAUUAUUCAUGUUUGGUUUGGUUUGGUUUGAUUUGCUUUUAUGAACAUAUGUUGCAGUAUGGGGUCAUGAAUUCUCAUUGAUUGCUGAAGGGAUCCCCUUGCAAAUAUUUCUAUUAUGAAAUCCAAAUAUCCUUUUCCUUUUGCCCAUGUAUGUUCUCUUACUUUUCGACAAUGGAUUAAACCUCUGAUUUUAGUUGUAUUAUUAAUCUUUGAUGUGUUUUGAGAUUGAA